UGAGAAGGAAGGAAGAAAGGAAGGGUAGAAGUGAUCAUCAUCAAUCAACGUGGUGCGUUCACCUUCGUCGCCAUACUUUCGAUGCAGAUCAUCAUCGGCUUAAAGACGAUACAUAGGUCUUCGAUUGAACCUGUAAGUCAAUGAUGCCCAUUUCCCUGUUAAUCUCUGCAACUCCGAUUUGUCUUUUAGGGCUUAGUUUCUUUCGACCCACAUCGUCAUCUUUUCAUUAUGGACAGUAACAAGGACGAAGCUCUCAAAUGCAUUGCCAUUGCCAAGGAAGCAAUUGCUUCAGGUAAUAAGCAGCGUGCGCUCAAAUUCAUCGCAAUUGCACGUCGUCUUAAUCAUAAUUUAUCAGCCGAUGAUCUUCUUGCCGCUUGUGAAAACCUAAAUUCAUCUUCAUCAAGUUCUGGCAAUCCCAUUCAUAGGUCUAAAUCUGAGCCAUCUCCGUCCGCAGUUGAUGGAAUCUCGAAUGAGGAACGGAGUUAUACUGAUGAAAAUGUGCAGUUAAUACGCCAGAUCAAGAGGAGUAGGGAUUACUAUGAGAUUCUUGGGGUUGAGAAGAGCUGCUCGGGUGAGGAAAUUAAGAAAUCGUACAGGAAACUGUCGCUGAAAGUUCAUCCUGAUAAGAACAAGGCACCUGGAUCAGAAGAGGCUUUCAAGAUAGUUAGCAAGGCGUUCAAGUGUUUAAGUAGUGAAGAUUCUAGAAGGCAGUAUGAUCAUACUGGUUUAAUCGACGAAUUUGAAUGCAAUCAGCAGAACAAUGUCAGGAGGCGAAGGAGAAACGCAAAUGAUUUCUUUGACGAUGAAGUCGAUCCUGAUGAUAUAUUCAGAGCCUUUUUCGGUCAGAACAAUGGUUAUCAAACAGCUCAUGUUUAUGGAAAUAGAAGAACAACAGCAACGAAUCAACAGAGGGGGGAAGAUGAGGGUUCUGGAGUUGGACCCAAUCUGAUGAUUCUUCUUCAAAUGCUUCCUUUUUUGUUGAUAAUCUUGCUUGCCUACCUUCCUUUUUCGGAACCUGAUUAUUCCCUCCAAAAGAACUAUUCCUAUCAGUUCUCUAGAACCACUGAGAGUCACGGAGUGGAGUUUUUCGUUAAAUCGCAAGAAUUUGAUCAGAAAUUCCCUCCGGGAGGCUUUGCACGAUCUGAGAUUGAGAGUAAUGUCAUAAAAGAUUACAAGAAUGUUCUUGGCCGUUACUGUCACAUUGAACGUCAAAGGCGUCAGUGGAGCAGAAACUUGCCAACUCCUCAUUGCGAAAAGCUACAAUCUUUUGGAGUUGAAUGAAGGAUUUUUGGGACCUGGUUUGCAUUUCUAAAACCAACCGAGGCAGUUGGCUGGUGGUGCAUUUCGGCGCAUUAUACUAUGAAUUGUCACUGGGAGUUCUCUGAAUCAUACUUGGGGCCUGUUAUCAUAUGCUGAAUUUUGAUAAUUUUUUUAUAUUGUUAUGGUUAUUUCUUCUUUUUGAACAAUAUAAAAAGCUUGAAUAGAGUGAGAGCUUCAUUGGGUAAAAGGAACUAUUUUUGCUUGCAAUAAUAACACACACCUUAAUGCUUGUACCUUG